AUGAAGCUCACCCUCUCUCGAAACUCGCCCACGAAUAGUGUCUAUCGGAACCAAGACGGGACGCCCCUCUAUCGAGUGGAAACGCCGUGGAAAUUGGUUGACAAGAUCAGCACAAUCACACGCUUUGUGUCCAAUUCUGGGACAGCGCACGUCGAAUCCAUAGCCCCCGUUCGCAGUGACAACGAGUCAGACACGGACAUUCAUCUUAUGCGGUUGGAGGAGCAGGAAGUCGCGCAGAUUCACUGGCAUAGGAUCGGGGGGACUAUGAUCAAACUUGGUGAACGCUCUGUCUCUGUCGGGACAUACAUGCCCCGAAUGGGUCUUUCUGCAUUGAAUCGCAGGAAACGAAACUUCACUGCCUCGGACGGCCGUUCGUAUAGAUGGACGAUGGAACCUUUGACCUCUUCCCAAACUUGGCAGUUGGCGCGCAAUGAUGAAAGCAAGACUCGAAUCGCUCGUUACCAUCACCGCUCACUUGGCAUCGUUGGACAGACCCGCAAGGCAUAUCUCGAAAUUUAUCCGGAAGGCGAGCCUAUUGUCGAUGAAAUAGUCAUCACAUUCAUAUACGUUGAGAUAAUGAGAAGGAAGGAAAAUGGGGAGCGUCUAUGA